AUGGCACACCAUCCCGGACUGGCUCCAGGCCAUCCUAUGGCUCCUGGCCAACACCCGAAUGCAGCGCAUCUGGCUGCACAGCCCCCAGGAGCGGGAAUGGUUCAACCUCUGCAUCCGGGUGUUUCUGCCCCCGGAGCCCCGCAGGGCACUCAAGCAACUCCUAUGGCGGGCGCGAUGCCUCAAGUCGUUGGAACAACCGGCCCUGGCGGACCCGGGCCGAGUGCUCAUGCGUUGUCCCACUUAGGUCCUACCCAUUCGCAUCAGAUGUUCCAACAUCCUCAGAUAGCCCAGAAUUAUGCGAAUAAUCCCCAACUCCUCCAGCAGCAACAACUCCAACACCAGCAGUAUAUCCGGCAGAGACAACAGCAGAUGAUACUUCAACAGCAGCACCAACAGCAGCAGCAGCAACAACAUCAACAGCAGCAGCAGCAGCAGCAACAACAGCAGCAACAGCAACAGCAACAGCCACAGCACCCUGCUUCUCUGCCCAAUGGAGCCCCAGCUGUUAGUGCUGCGCAUAUGGCUGCUGUUCAGGCUGGCAAUCCUAAUAUGCGACCUGUUAAUAUUCCCCCGCACAUCCAGCAACAAAUCCAAGGUCAACACGCACAGUCUCAAGCAUUGCAGCAGCAGCAACAGCAGCAGCAGCAGCAGCAGCAGCUCUUUGCUAUGCACAUGGCAGCUCAGCAAGCAAGUAAUGCAGCUCAACAAGGCCAACAACCGCCUCAGCAAAGACCCGGCGCUCAAAUGCAAAUGCACGAGAAUCAAGCCGUAGCUGCGCAUCCACAGCCUCCGCCGACAACCCAGAGUAAUAACCCACCUUCCCAACCUCCGCCCAACCAGCCACAACUUCCUACUUCGUCCCAACCGCCACAGCAGCCUUCGCAGACGCAACCUCAGCAGGGCCAAACCCCACAAAAUCAGCCAACACCACAGCCUUCUCAGCAACCACAAAUGUCUGCCCAAGAGGCACAGUUAAGAGCCCAGCAACAAGGUGCUGGCUCAGCAAUGAUGAUACCACCACGAAUGCCUAAUGUUAAGAGAUCAUUUAUGUUUCGACUGCUUUCUUUUGCUGAGCAGUUGAGCGCCUAUUCUAACCGCAAUCCCGCUCAGGGGUUAGCCUACUGGCAAUCGUUUGUCGAACAGUUUUACUCUCCAGUGGGAGUGCUACGGCAGGGGGUCUGCAAUGCACAGCGUGGCUCUAAACAGUUUGAGAUAUCAACGCCAGCUCUCGCUCGAUAUUACUGGACGCAAUUCAACAGCGGUAUCAGGCAGAUACAGAUGAUUGUAGAAGCUGCAGUAGAAAAAGACCUUCCAACUGGUGGCCAAGUAAUUGAGAGCCCCAGGACCAGCUUCUUGUAUUGGUUUGAUAAUGGUUGCCAACUUGUUUCUCGUGGAGCGAUAAAGGUGUAUUUGAAUCAUAAUGGCCAAAUUGACGUCCUCGACAUUGGCAUAAAUGGUCACACAGAAUAUGUCCCCCGACAUCUUUUGCAACCACCAGAGUCAGACCAAAAACAGAGUCCCAAAGUUGGUAAAGCACUUAACAAGCGGAUACAACAAAAACCAAUGGUCAACCCAGGAAUAUCUCUCCCAGACUCAGUGGUCACGGAUGACGGUGUUCCUGUCGCUGUGAUGCGGUUCCUAGAGGUGGCGGAGAUUAUCUCACAAAUGCAACACCUUUUCCAGUUCUCACUCCAAAACCCCCACCUAUCCCCUCCUGAAGCGCUCCGACAAUUAGUGGCAAGUUAUCCGCAUCAACAAAGUGCUAUACAGAUGAACUUUAACCAGAUGCACCCGUCGCAGCAAGGCCAUAUUCAACGUACUCCAAGCCUGAAUGGCCCCAGUCAAUUUGCCUCGCCAGCUUUGGGACAUUUAGGCAUUCCUGGUGUGCAAGGAUCUCCUCAUCUUGGAGGACCUGCCCACACUCCGAGCCCAGCGCAGAACCCAAUGGCUGGACCAGUCGCCAUGGUUGCUCAGCAAAGCCAGCAAGGCACCAAUACAAGUGGAAGCCAGGGAACCAGUGCCAAUACAAGCCCAAAUGUUAACAAUAAGCGCCGACGGGCGAGCACAAUUAAGAUGGAAGCUGAUGAAAACGGCACUGCAGAAGUCAACGGCACUGGGCCAAAUAAUGCAGUGAAAGUGAAAGCCAGCCCCCGAGUCGGGGGCAAACGACAAAAGGGGACAAGUUGAUAAUACAGUAGUUUACUUGCCUUUUUCGCGCCACGCACAGUCAUAUUGCAUGCCGCACCGUUGAACUAAAAUUGGCAAGCUUCUCGACAAUCUUCUUCUCUGGAUGUUAUCAUAGUUUUAAGGCGUUCUUCCCUUUCACCUUGGACCAACAUUACCGGACGUUAUGGUUUUCUCCUUUUGGUGCGGCGCUAUGUCCUUUAUAAGGUUUCCGACCGGGAUAUUCUCGAGGAGUUUUUUGUGAUUUGCUUUUCUGUUUGUUUUGGGUGUUGUGGAGUUGUAUGUGUGCUCUUUGACUUGGGGCCAGAUCCAUUGCUGUAUUUCUGAACGGUCUUUUGUUUUCCUCCCUUUGGCUUUGGAGUAGAUUGGCUAUCGUGGGCGUGGUAUGGGAUUCACGCAAGCUGUCGAAUUGUUUUCCGCGACUCUGAAGGAUACCAUUUUACCCCAAGCCGUGCCCUCCCGGAUGUGGAAUGAUUUUAUUUGACCACGCUUUUCUUUGUGAAAGCUUUUGUGAUGAUCGCUUUGCGCUUUUGCCUUUCCGUGAUAUAUUUAUCUGGUCGCAUUGUGGCUUUUCCCAAAGUAUAUCCGCUCACCCAUAAUGCCCCAUUUCCUCUUGCGAUUCCUAAACGUCUGCCUGUUUUGGAUAAACUACUAAUGCCCAUGUUGAGGUUUGAUGUGCAUUUGAUCUGUGUUUGUACUCAUUCCUCAGUGUACUUGCCUAUAGGCAUUCUUCUACUUGUUUAUGACUUGGGUUUUGUUUUUCUCCUGGAGAUACACACUGGUGCGUUUGACUUUUUUA